AUUCAUUUUCGCUCAUUUUCGUUUCAUUAUUUGAAAGCAUAACCUCACACAUUUUCCAUUCCACGUGUCAGUAUCGGAAUGGGUGGGAGCAUUUAAACUUAUGAGUAGAUACCCACAUGCGAACUUUACCCAUCCUUCAAAAGUACCAUCAAAAAACCCUAAACCCAAGCUUCCACCUUUUCCAAAACCCUAGCCACCUCUGCCAAGCAUACAGCUCACUCCCCCAGCAAGCUGCUCUUUACCCCGACGCCGGAAACCCGCCAUGUCCGAACUCGAGCUUAAUCGUUCAGAGAAGAAGAAAAAGAAGAGCAAAUCCAAAGACCAAGAUACGAUCAACAAAAAUUCCGACGAUGCCACUGACGCUGUCGAUUAUCUCAUUAAACCACAGAGCUUCACUCCAUCGAUUGACACCUCCGAAUGGCCGAUUCUCCUCAAGAACUAUGACCGCCUUAACGUUCGAACAGGACACUAUACGCCACUUCCCUCUGGCUACUCUCCUCUCAAACGCCCCCUCGCUGAGUACAUCAGGUAUGGUGUUAUCAACCUCGAUAAACCUGCUAACCCUAGCUCGCACGAGGUUGUAGCUUGGAUCAAACGGAUCCUCCGAGUCGAAAAAACCGGCCACAGCGGUACACUCGACCCAAAAGUCACCGGGAACUUAAUCGUUUGCAUCGAUAGAGCCACUCGCCUUGUUAAAUCACAACAAGGUGCCGGAAAAGAGUACGUAUGUGUUGCUCGACUUCAUUCCGAUGUGCCUGAUGUCGCGAAAGUGGCUCGCGCAUUGGAGACGUUAACCGGUGCAGUUUUCCAACGUCCGCCAUUGAUUUCAGCUGUUAAAAGACAGCUCAGGAUUAGAACCAUUUACGAAAGCAAACUCCUGGAGUAUGAUGCCGAUAAGCAUUUGGUCGUGUUCUGGAUCUCGUGUGAAGCUGGUACGUAUGUGAGAACACUCUGUGUUCAUUUAGGUUUGAUUUUGGGCGUUGGUGGACAUAUGCAGGAACUGAGAAGAGUCAGAUCUGGUAUCAUGGGGGAGAAAGAUAACAUGAUAACUAUGCAUGAUGUCAUGGAUGCACAAUGGAGUUACGACAAUUACAGAGACGAAACUUAUCUCCGCCGUGUGAUCAUGCCAUUAGAGGUCUUGUUAACCAGCUACAAACGAUUAGUCGUGAAGGACUCUGCUGUGAAUGCAAUCUGUUAUGGUGCUAAACUGAUGAUUCCAGGUUUGUUAAGAUUCGAAAACGACAUUGAAAAUGGCGAAGAAGUGGUGUUGAUGACUACAAAAGGGGAAGCGAUUGCUCUUGGGAUUGCAGAGAUGACUACUGCUGUAAUGGCUACUUGUGAUCAUGGAGUUGUGGCGAAGAUCAAGAGGGUGGUGAUGGAUAGAGAUACUUAUCCUAGGAAAUGGGGGUUAGGGCCUACUGCUUCAAUGAAGAAGAAACUGAUUACCGAAGGGAAACUAAGCAAACAUGGAAAAGCAAAUGAGAAAACUCCGGCUGAGUGGCUGAGGAAUGUUGUGUUGCCUACUGGUGGUGAUUCGGUGGUUGCUAGUCUUGCAGCUGCACCUGUGCAAGAAGAAACUGUAGAAGCUUCAGAUCUGAAAGUUGUUGACAGUGAGAAGAAAAAGAAGAAGAAAAAGGAAAAGGGUGUUGAAGAUGAAGGACAAAAGAGGAAAUUGGAAGAGGUUGAUGUUACAGAUCCAGAUACACCAGUAGCUUCCAAGAAACAGAAGGUUGAAGAAGGUGAGAGUACUAAGAAGAAGAAGAAGAAGGAUAAGAAGGAUAAGGAGGGAGAUGAAGUUGUAUCAGAGGAGGAUAAAUCCGAGAAGAAGAAGAAGAAGAAAAAGAAGGAUAAAGAAAAUGGUGAUGAUGCCUCUGUUACUGUUAGUGAUGAUGAAGCAAGCAAAAGCUCAAAGAAGAAGGAGAAGAAGAAGAAGAAGAAAGAUGCUGAAGAAGAGUGAUGAUGAUGUGUAAGUUCUUGAUAUGUGCACAUUUUUAUAGAGACAAUUUUCGUGUUUUGUCUUUGUUUUUUUAGUUUAUUAGUUCUGCACUUGUAGUUUUUAUUGAUGUUAUGUGUUUAUUAGUUAUAAGUUUUGAAAAAAAUUGAAACUUUUGAACUUGAGAUUGUUUGGAUUGAGUUUAUUUAAUAUUUAUGAUAUCUCAGUUGUUUCA